UAUACGACUUAAACACAAUAAACUAUUCAAAUUUGAGUGCAAAUUAAAAAAAAAAAAAAAAAUGGAAGUCUUGUAAAUUAAAAACCACUUAAACAGGUUUUCACGGUAACGAGCAGUUCCCUCGCUUUUAUUUUGAAGGCACGCCAACCACUCGGACCGGAAGUUCUGUUUCUCCUCGUGGAAUGAGGAAGUUGAGCGGACGUCACCAUGGCGACGAGACGCGGACGAUUGCUCUUAAUGUAAACAUGGCCACAAACGAGGAGAAGGCGUAUUUCGCUAAUUUAUGGACUUUACACAGCGACACCUGCACGCUUUGACUACUUACGUUAUACCUGUAAAAAAAAAAGUAAACGUUAAUUUAAACGUUACAUCGCCUCCUGUAACCAUAAAGUAUUUUAUAUUUGUCAGAGUUGUGAAGACAAGCGAAACAAAUGGCCGCUCAGAAAGCAGCUGUUUCCAGACUGAGGGCAGCAAGCACCUCCCAAAGAGCUGACAAAUCUUCUCCAGCGUCCACUAAGAACUGUAUGGAAAGGCUGCCAUCUGAGAUCCUGCUUCAGAUUCUGUCAUACCUGGACGUCUCCACACUUUUCAGCGUGAGCCACGUCAACAAGCUCUUCUAUCGGCUCGCCAACGAUAACGCUCUGUGGAAAAAGAUAUACUCAGAGAAGCUGGCCAAGUUUAAAGCGGAGAAACCCGGGAGCACGGACGCGCUGCUGUUCACGAUGACCCUGGCGGAGACGCAGGAUGGAGAUGUGAGCCAGUGGAAGUGGCAUUACUUCAAGACCGUAGCCGCGUGUGACAUGAACAAGUGGCGAAGGCGACUCGGGCACAUCAGCCGUCACACCGGGCUGCCAAGCCAAACGGACGUGGUGCUCAGAAAGUUGAACGUCUCCUGGGAACUGACGGUCACAGACAAAUUGGGCCGUGAGAUCACUUUAGAGCUGAGCUGGCCCAAGUUCUUCGAGACCUCUGUGACUCUGUGCUGGUACGGAGAAGGCUCCUUGCCCGACUACCGCCGGAUUUCCACCCUUCAACUCCACGGCGUCAGGAGGAUAGCCCUCAACUGCCCCGGCUUAAAGACACCCGGCUGGAGGUCCCUCGUGGCAGAGGUAGACGUUCAGACUCUCGGUAGAAGUGCGCAGGUCAUCGGCGAGGACAGAGUGGUGCAGCUGAUGCUGUUGCAGUCCGGCGUCGUCAUCGGUGUCUGGAAGGAUCAGUGCUCCGUCGCAUUCAUCAUGCUCGCCCUCCAUUUGCACAGGCUGGUGGAAAGGAGCGUUGACGGAUCCCGCGUCUGUCCCUACGCGGCGCCAGCGGUCAAACCCCCGUUCGACGACGUAGACCCCGAGCACGGUCUCCAUGGUUACCGGCUACACUUUGCUCUCCACAACACUGUGUGCGAGCUCGUGUCCGGAAGCUUCUCCCAGCUCUUCUGCCGCAGAACUCAGAUCUCCGAUGGGCUGAUCCCUCUAACCGCCAUCAGCAGGAGCGACCUGUCUCAGCACACACCUCUGUCUGCUAAUGUCACGCUGCCCUGGCGGAGCGAGGCCCUGCAGGGAGCCGUGGAGAACUGCUGCUUCAUGAGUCUGACUUUGCUGGAUGAGUUCAGGAGCCCCUUCAAGUGUGUGACCUCUCCCGUUUCCGUGGAGACGGAGCAGACGCCCGUCGCCUACGACUACGACGGCGAGAGCCGCCGGAUCCGCUACCAGGACCCGGACUGUCAGGUGAAGAUGGAGCUCGUGUGGCUGAGGGAGCAGAAGCAGUUCAUGCUCGUCAGUUUAGUUGUGUUUGUCAGCGUUUGCUGCGUCAACGAGCACUUCGGCACGGACUACUGAUCCUGCAGAAAAUUUCACGUUCGAUACUUCAGCUCCAUAAAAGCAGCUUGUGAAACUGUUCAAUUUCAGUAAGAGUUUCGGAUAAAAACCUGGCGUUUUUAUCAUUAUUAGUUUUUUUUGUUUGUUUUUUACCAUUUAAUAAAUAAAUAGAAUUA